GUGAGCGAGGCUAGGACAACGAUCAGAGGAAAGAUGGCUGCCGCGGCGAACAUUGCGCCGGAGAAUCAGUACUUUUACGAGGAUGUCGUGUAUCGUGUGGACAAGCGAGGCAAUGUCGUUUUCGGCAUCGUCAUGGAGAACGACGACCAUGACAUGUCCGAGGAAAGCACUGACAGCGAAGAGAGCAUGCCGAAGCGCAAGAAGGGCGAGAUCCGUAUGAUCUGGCACCCGUCCGGUAUCGAGGAGUUAGUCAAUUACAAAAAGAUUCACCUGGCAGACAGAACGCUCAUGCCUGGAGAUGUGGUACGCAGAAUGAUCAAGGGAAAAGACACACAGAGGGGUUAUUGCAGGGAUAUUGAGCUAACUGCUUGUGUACAGGUCAUUGGUACUAAGCAGGUUCUCACAGACAUCAAAAGUGAAGAUCUGAUUCCUCUGCAAGAAUUUGCAACAGAUAUGGCAGUUUGUAUGGACUCUUGGGUCGGUGGCAUUAGAAUGACACACUGCAAAUUAUGGUUGGUAACUCCAGAUGGUUCUCACUGUGUUGUGAACGAGAUGAAUUCCUAUGUAUUAGGACAACUGGAAGAGACACGAGAUAAUGUAAGAUUGAACAGUCAAUCAUUUAAGGACAACGAUUUCCCACACUCCACUGAAUUCUAUCCUGGACAGAGUUUGUGGGGACCAGUUCACUGUCUGGAAGAGGCGCAAUGGAUCCAAUGCACAAAGGAGAUGAAGGCAAAGAGGAAAUUGAAGCCACAGAAAAUCACCAAACUGAUUGUGGAGAAAGUGGAGACCGACUGGGUGGGUGUGCAUUGGCAAUGCAGAGCGUACUCGAAAGACGGCGCCUGGUCCGACCAAGCUCAACCAAAAUUUGUGGUCGAGGGCGACGACUUGAAGAAGCUGAAACUAUUGAACGUGUUCGAGCCGUCCACAGUGCAGGUCGGGGACCGUAACUUCUACGUUCUGAAAGGCAACGAGAAUGUCAUUACUCGGGAACAGUGGCGAAAGCAGCAGAGAGAUAUCUUCCAAGUUCCUAAGCAGAGUCCGAGGAAAAUGCGGCCGAUUAUCACGGUGACGAAGCUGCCGGAUGACAAGAAAGAGCCGAAGAAAAACAAAAUGCCCGAGUUGCAACAACGGUCGACGAACGAGAAUGCUCAAACUAUCAGUAUUAAUACGCAAGACGCCACGAGCAACAACACCCUGUUACCGCCGCCUCAAGCCCAACGUGCCGAGAGCUCCGACGAAUGGGAUACCGAGGACACCACCGGCUCUCAAAGUGAUACCGCUUCGGUCUCUAGUGGCUGUUCCAGCAUGUCAUCAAUGGGAAAGAAAAAGAAGGGUCCUGCAUUGAUGACAAAAGUGCUUAAGAAAAAGAAGUUGCGAAAAGCGAAAAAGAAAGUAUCGCCUGUACCGUUAAUUCCCGGGACUAAGAUAGUCGUAGAGACAUUGUCCACUAAUACGAAAGCUAACGUGGUGUGGCAAGACGGCUCAGUAGAAUUUGGUAUACCAUCAACACAAUUAUAUCCAAUCCAUCAUCUGGAUGAUAAGGAAUUUUUCCCAGGUGAUUUCGUCGUAGAUCAAAAGGAGGAAUCCAGAAUGUACGGCGUUGUACAAAGUGUCGAUCAUCAGGGUCGUACAGCUAAGAUUAAAUGGUUCAAAACUUAUACUUCUAGUCAAAACCCAGAGCCGACUUUCCUGGAGGAACGCGAAGUGAGUGUCUACGAUUUGAAGGAUCAUCCGGAUUUCCAGUAUAGACCCGGCACUCUUGUAAUUCGAAUAGCGAAUUUCGAAGGCGAGGAUGCCGGAUGUACUGCUGGUCAAGUGCUGGACAAUUAUCCAGAGGGUCGAGUGAAAGUAUGGUGGGUCGAUGGUCAUAUUAGUAUGUGUUGGCCGCAGGAUUUAUACAAAGUGAGCGAGUACGACAGCGAUGAGGGAGAGCUGUGGGACGACGUGUCUUCUGAUUCAUCGUGGGAGACGGAAUUGGAAGACUGUUUCAUCGCCGAUAACGACGGCACUGAGCAAACGGAAUUAGAGAACAUAAAACCAAAAUUAGCGGCACACAUCGAGAAAGCACGAAUCGCUAUGUCAAGAUUAGAGGAAAUCUUUACGCAGAAUCCGUUGCUACAGACGACCGAGGUCAUGAGGAAGUUACUCGAGGUUUACAAGGAUUGUCGUUACAUGGACAAACUCAUGGGAACCUCGUUCUUUCACGAGUGUCACUUCCAAGGACUCCUCGAGCGAGUGAGGGAACGCGGCAGAGCAAAUGUCGCGCAGCGUAUGGCGGAUCAAGUGACGCGACUCUUCACACCCAAGUCUGAGUGUCCGGAGGAGUUUAUGGACAAAGACAGUUUGAAAAUUUUAGGCAAUGCCGAUGAUCAGUGCUCAACUAACGAGUCAGAAAAGGACACCACGAUUAUGGACACGUCGGAGAGCGAAAACGUUACCAAUGUCGACAACAUCGCGAAAAAGCAGAGCAGCGAAGAAUCGGCCAACCGAUUGUUCAUACACGCCAAUCCUAAUCCCGAAGACUCCGGCUUGUACUCUGCGGAGGACUCGAAGAAGGAAUCAGGCUCGAGCGAGUCCAGCGGUGAGUUUCUCAUGAGCGAGGACGUCAACAACGUGCCGGAAUGUUCGUCUGCAACGGACGCAGUGUCGUCCGAGAAAGCGGACACGAUGACCCGGUCGAAGAAAACUCCGCCGACGAAUCUGGGGUAUUCUCAGUCGGUCGGUGCGUCGCACGUAUGCGUGAAGUUGUGCAACCUCAUCAAGGCACAGCUUGUGUUGGCUCACGGUGAAGUGUCCAAGCGAUUUGGUCUAGCUAAGAUGUCAUUAUCAGACGCGGAGAAGAGCUCUGGUUCUCCGCGGAAGAAGCAGAAGGGAGAGCAGGAGGAAGAACGAAGUGCAAACGAGAUGGUAGCCGAGCCGUCCGAGUGCUCCAUCGAAAUCCCACCGCCGGUUUACAUAGAAGGAGAAGGUUUUUCCAUAGACGAAGCCGCGCCCGACAGCCACAAGUUUAAACUGACUAUGUUCCAGCCCACCGAUCCAACCAACUUCUUCCGGACGGUCUCGAAGGAGCUAAAGCUACUGAAGAGCUCGUUGCCGCCGGGCGUGUGGGUGAAGGGAUUCGAGGAUCGUAUUGAUUUGUACUCCGUCAUGCUCCGUGGUCCCGAAAAAACACCCUACGAGGACGGACUGUUUCUUUUCGACUUUCAGUUGUCAGCCGAUUAUCCGGCUGCGCCGCCUCUUUGUCACUACAUCUCGUACUGCAGCGACCGCUUAAAUCCGAACCUUUAUGAAGACGGGAAGGUGUGCGUGAGUCUAUUAGGUACCUGGUCCGGACGUGGCACGGAGAUGUGGACGACCUCGUCCACUCUGCUGCAGGUGAUCGUCUCGAUCCAGGGUCUGAUCCUCGUGAGCGAGCCAUAUUUCAACGAAGCAGGUUUUGAGAAGCAAAAAGGCUCGCAGCAAGGGCGAGAGAACUCGAGGAUGUACAACGAGAUGGUUGUGCUGAAACUGGUGCAGGCACAGACCAAGUUACUGCUGCACCCGCCGCCAGUGUUUAAGGACAUCAUUAUCAUACACUUCAAGAAACAUUCUGAGAAGCUGUUGCUGAGACUGGUACAUUGGAUGGAAAUAUCCGAGCAGCACAACAAACAGCAUCCGUUGUCUCCGGUUACUCCCACCACAUUUAAAGAGAUCGCCAACAUUGACGAGAAGAUGUUACCAGAAUUCCCGCUCAUCCCGGCAUCCAGGGGCUUCUGCAUAACUCUCCGCAAAACUCUAGCAACAUUCAGGGAGGUGCUCAUUAAAGAGGAUAUAAUACAAAAGCCACGUGGGUGGCAAGAAAGUGAAAACGUCGAGCAGUUAACGAACAAUACCGCCAUACAGUGCCAAGAAACGUCCAAGGUCGCCGAUAAAGCGGCAGUCUGUGACAGGAACAGCAGCAAUACGCAGGAAAGUAAUAAGCAGCCGAUCUCGAGCGGCAGUAGUCGAUCCGUUAAUAAGGAAACGACGAUGUCAUCCUCGUCAACGAAUAGCUCCGCGGCCGCGCUGAGCGAAACGAAAACAAGUACUUCGAGCCAAAACACCAGCUAGCCACAAGGUAAAAGUAAGCUUAAGUCAAAACGCUUAGCCCGUAUAAAUUAUACGACUACUCGGUAAUAUAUUCCAAUAAAUUCAUCUCGGGCGGAAUUUUCCAAUCAUACACGUACACACACACAUAUACAUGCUGAUGACAAAUGCUGACACGUACACCCGCGAUAUAUAAUAUAUCUAUCGAUAAUAAUAUCAUUUAACAAAUCACAACGCGAAACUAAGAUUCCCGAACAGAUGCCGGCAGUCGUUGCUCUCCACAGCUAGAGAUUACACUUGUUGUUCUAAGAGUAACCACACAUAGCGGACACACGUUAAGCGCGAUCAUAGUGGCACGUAUUAACGAACGACUUUGCAAAUCUUACAAUUCGCACACGACUUUUCGUAUACCGUCGAGAACGACGAGCCGUUAAAGACCCGACUGUGAAGCGUCAAAUCGACGUUAAGCGCCAAAAAGGAAGAAGAAAGAGAGAAAAAGAACAAAUUUAUGUAAUACCCCUUGCAUUUAGUUGCGCACUUCUAAAUGAAGGUAUUACAUUGCCUCUAUGACAAAUAAGAAGCUAGUUUGAAUUUCGAUUUAACGAGCAAAAAAGAGAAAGAGAAAAGAGAGAAUCUGUAUAUGAGACUUAACGUGGAGGUAUAAAAGAGGGAUCGUCAUCCUGUAAAAAAGAAAGAAAAGAAAGAGAGAAUAAGGGAGUAAAGAAAGGAAGAAACUCGGCGAAAGAUAGAGACCAGUAGCAAUACGUCGAUUUAAUGAGGAAACAUUCUUUGCAAUAGGAUUUUAAAGAGAUAUACAUCGGUUAAACAAUAAAUAGUCGAUAAUUUUCAGCGCGUUUUCACGGCCGCAACUUUGAGUAAUGACGUCGUCGAGGCGAAAUAAUGGAUCGAUGAUGACCAUUCCCGUCGAAUGUGUAUCUUGAAGUUAUUAUGCCAUCCAUAACGUACUACGAUAUUCUCAAGCGAAAAACUUAUUGAAGUGACUUUAAUCGCAAAAGGUAGGGCAGAUAGUUUUAGAAACAAACACAAAUAUAAGAAGAAAUCCGUAUCUAGGCGAGAUCUACUGAUGGCUAGGUUGUCCAGGUGUUAUGGAUUUUCUUAGCGAUAGCUCGUAAAAAGAGGUAGAGGCGACUUAGCGAAGCGUAUUUUAAAUUCACGAACAUAAUCUUCCCUCUGCCGAGAGUCUCUGUGCAUUUCCACGAUAUUCUCCUUCCAUUUGUGUACGUUAAUUUUCGGGAAAGAGUUUAGGACUGAUUUCUGUACUUAGUGUGUCGUUCAUAAUUAUUAUUUACUAUUAUCAUUAUUGUUAUUAUUAUUUAGAGCAUUAAUAUUUAUGGUGCACCGUAAAAGUGGAGUACAGUAUUAUAUUUAUUUAUUUCGUCUCUAAUACACAUGUAUGUGUUAUAUGUUACACGUAUUUACAUAUACGUUGGAGAAGUUAGCGGGAUUAAAAAAAGGGAAAAUUUAUCGAAAAUAUUCGGAUAAAGAAAGGCGUGUAGUGAUUCGGUCGGCGAUUAACAGUAAAGCGAUACGCGAUAUUAAAUAAAAGUCGAUUGGAGAGAAAAGAAAACGCACAUCAAAAGCGAUUGUGUAGACGUUAGCUCUCUAUUUCAUAUCGAUCACGAUAUGCAAUCGUGUUUGCAAGAAAUCGUGUAUUUUUGCAGCUUUGUUUAACAUUCACGCAUCCCCUGUGAAAAAAAGAGUAAGAAUCGCAAAGAAGCCGAGAAGGGAGAAAGUGUACGUGCAAAGGAUUAAAACUCGCUAAUUUAUUCCGCAAUCUUGUCGUCGAUGUGUCAGCUAAUGUCGAGAGAGUACGUAGCUGUCGGGAAAGAAAAGAACAAAAAGAAAAGCGCGAUAUACGUAUUCUAGUCGUGAUACGAAGUCCUGUAUGCAGCAGACGCUUGUUUAAUUUUUGUUUGUAUCGUUUUGUUUUUUUCCUUCCAACAUUCGUUCGAGACUGUUCUUCCUGCUUCCUACGCCCUGCUGCCCCUACCCCCGCCGUUCCGCCCCCGUUCCCCGCCUUUCGCUCUUUCGCUCAUUGUCAUUGUCAUUAUCAUUUUGAGAUUGUUUCAUUUUACCACGAGCGAAAUCGUCGUCGUUUCUUCGCGUCUGCGAAUCUUCAGUUCGGAAUGUUUCUCGAGCUCGACCUCUGACACACUCGCGUUUGUACAACUGCGUCAUUGUACAACUGCGUCUGGCGCACGGAUUCGGCCGAAAUUGCAACGAUUUCAUGAUAAUGGUUUACUACAGAUGUAACUCGGUCUCUUUGAUUUUUGGAUCAAUAAAAAGACAUUACAGGAUCAA